AGCCAGUCGAUCGGUGGUUGACGUGAGACCUGUCUCUACGUCCCAUCUUGCUUGCUACGAGACCUGAUUGGGAAUAUUAAAUUGGAUUCCUCUGCGUUUGAGGGGGAAUCAACAUCGAACAACGACUUUGGCGUAUAAAUACAGCGGGGCUCAUCGACGUUGCAAAAAUAUUUUUUAAAUUGCUGUUCUACCUUUCUACUAGAAGUGGAAAAUUGAAUUCGUCUGCUUUUGAGAAGUUGUGUAUCUUGUGCUAGAUUCCGCCAUUGUGGUGUGUAUGUGUGUGUGUAUGUGGGGGUCCGAACUACCGUGUGGGGAUUUCUUAAAAGCCACUCGUCUUCCUUGUUGUUGGCCACCGUGUGGUAUCUCCAUAUCGAGUUCGAGUUUGAAGAAGAAGUUGAAAGGAAACAAAAGCCAGAAGAUGUGGAAACGGACGGUUCGCAUGCGGACGGAUUCCAAUACGGCGAAUGGGCACAAAUGACCUUCAUCUCUACCUGAAACGCCAGGAGAUCCUAUUCCGUGUCUCUUGAAGCGAAGAGCGAGGAGCUGGAUUAGCCGUUUGGGGAAAUCAAAAGAAUUAAACUCAGAAAUACGUAAAAAAAAAAAAAAAAAAUCCAAAUUGGGAUAUCACGGAAACACCUCCACCCCAUAGAAAGAAAAAAUAAAAAAUAAAAGAAAGAAAGAUCAUCUUGUCGCCCUCUUGUUUGUGUUGGCUGAGACAUGGCCAGCAAAGAGAAUGCCGUGGCCCUGGUCAACCCACAUCAACUGGCCUCGGUGAUCCGCAGCAGCCGCUUAGACAAGGUGUUGAUUGUCGAUAGCCGGAGCUUCUUCGAGUACAACGAUCGUCACAUCCAAGGCGCCGUCAAUGUCUGCUGCUCCAAAUUGGUCAAACGAAGACUUCAGCAAGACAAGGUUUGUGUUCGUGAUUUCCUGCAGCAAAAUUGUCGUUUGGAUCGGGGACUGAUCGAAUACGAGAACGGCGACGUCAUCGUCUACGAUCAGUCAUCCAUCAGCCCAGAAUCGGUCAACCCAGACUCGUUCCUUCACCUCCUCCUGCACAAAUUGGUUCACGUUUUUAGGCAAGUGUUUCUCCUUUCGGGCGGAUUCCUCAAGUUCCAGGCGUGCUAUGGAGAUUUUUGCGAAGACAAAUCGCGAUUAUUGCGAUCCUCGUCGUCAACGUUACACAACAUGACGUCACUGUCGCAACCGUGUUUGCCCAUCACCAACGUCGGACCCACCAGGAUCCUUUCUUUCCUCUACCUGGGAUCACAGCAGGACGCUCAUAAUCAGGAACUUCUUUCGGAUUUCAAUAUCACGUACGAAGUGAACGUGAGUACAAACUGCCCGAAACCGGAUUUCAUCCAAGAUAGCCGCUUUCUCCGGUUGCCCGUCAAUGAUUCCUACGGCGAAAAAUUGUUACCGUAUUUCGUCCGCGCUACUCAGUUUAUCGAUAAAGUCCGCGAAACGAACGGUUCGGUGUUGGUCCACUGCCUGGCGGGCAUUUCCCGCUCACCGACGGUGGCCAUCGCUUACGUCAUGCGCCAUUUACAGAUGACAUUUGACGACGCGUUCCGCUACGUCAAAUCGAAACGAUCCUCCAUUUCGCCAAAUUUCAAUUUUCUCGGUCAGUUGCUGGAAUACGAGCGACAACUGAGGGAGGAGGAGGUGCUCGAUUCGAGUGUCGGUGACGUCACCAAUUGUUUACAACCGUCAUGCCAAGCGACAGCCGUUUCUUCGCCGCGUUGUCCCGCCACGACGACGACGACUGCCACGAGUCCAGCGCCGGGCAGGGAGCGAUGUCUAUCGCGUUCCAUCUCUCUCUCGUUGUCGCUGAAAUCGCCCGGCUUGGAAACGGUGCCGCACAGUUGCAGUCCCAGUCCAUCGUCAUCCGAUCAUCUCCUCAAAACUCCGUUCGGUUUCGCUGGAUUGGCCGUCGAUGAAGUCGACGGAUCAUCCAAAAGUCGCCCCAUUUUGACGGCUGAUCUCUCACCCACUGCGGCCCUGGCACGGCUCUCCUUUGAGGCGUACGAAGCUGCCGCUGCUGCUGCCGCCGCUGCGGCUGAGCGGAUGCCUUCGCCCGUCGAGUCGGAAAUCAAAGAAUCUUCCUCGUCGUAUUUGGUGGUCUCUAGACGGAAGCACCACACGCGAGAAGAGAUUUACCGAUCGCUGCGCCAGCGGAUGUCGAGCACGACGAGCAGCAGCAGCAGCACGGAAAUGAGUCAUAGUUAUUACAGUAGCAAACAAAAGACGGAAACGACGAGCAGUCGAUCCUCGUCGUCGAUGGUUUUGACCGUCAGUCAAAGCCAAAGGGUUCAGUCGUCCAGUCCGUUGUCACCGGCAACGCCGAGUUCAGCGGCCACCACCAAUCAACGCAAUCAUCGAUGGAAACCCACUGCGGUUAGCAAUCCGUUGGCGACUGCCUCUGCCAAUGCGUCCCCGUCGUCGCAUUGUUCGGAAAUUUCGGUGCACAUUGAAGGAUCGAAGGCCGGCCAGCAGGAAAAAAUUGAAACUGAACGUGUCGAAGAGGAAAGUGAACAGGUCGACGAUGAAUGCGAACCGAUCGAAAUCCGCCGACGUGGCGCGGGUUUUCCUCGUCCGCAUUCGGAUAUCGGCGGAGGUUACCUCCGCCACAUCCACCAUCCGCUUCAGCACACGCGUUCGGUGCCGAGACGGACGAGUUACGCACCCAGCGAGGCUUCAUAUUCGUCCAUCUCGGACGAUAUGCUCUUGUCACCGACACCUUCGUCGCCUCCCCCUCCGUCCAGCAGUAGCAGUUGCAGUAGUCACCACUUGAUGGCUGGCCUCCUCAGCCCGCAGGGCAACCCGUGUAGCAAUAGCAGUAGCGGCAAUUGGGGCGGCGUCGUCAGUCCCGGCCUGUACGCCCGUUCCGAUUCGGUCACCACUUCCGGAUUGGGAUCGGAAAUAUCCGACAGUGAGAUGGGCCAAUCGCGAGCCGAUUUGGAUGCGUUGAGUCUUUGCAGUGGAAUGAGCGGCACUGUGCGAUCCGGCGUCGGUGGCGGCGGAAGCAUCGCCGGAUCGGGUUUCCUCGAAUCGGAAACGGAUUUCGCUUCAUUACCGCCCGACGAUGGAGUCUUUACCGAGCUUUUUUCUCCUCCUCCUGCACGACUUCAACCUCCUCCUCCUCCCCGGGGUGGAUCGUCGCGGCCUUCACGUCCGUCCUCUCUUUUGGGGAUCAUUCCGGCUCGUGAUUUGGAAUGGAAGCCGUCACCGAGUAGUAGCAGUUGUUCAGAUUGGAUGAUGACGUCACUUGAUUCAUCGCCCACGUCUUGCAAUCGAUUUCCGUUACUUCGCAAAGCACGUCCCACUUCGCUGUUGAAUCCGAUCGAUCCUUCGGCACCUUGUGAAGCACCGGGAACAUUGGGAGAUUUAGCAACAUCUGCGAACCCUUCUUCCGGCCAAGAUUCUGCCACACGACCUGGUAAGCGUUUAACACGUGAAGACGAUUUAUUGCCAGACAGCGCCACGGUAUUCCAGUUGUGGCGACAGCGAGAAGCUGCCAUGGAACAGCAAUUAGUAGACAGGUCCAGUGAAUCAAGCAAUUCGUUAUCAGUCCGUCGCCGUAGCAGCAAAGAUAUCACAUCCGCCAGCCGGCUGCAACAUCCGUCUGUGGUUCCCGAGUGUAGUAGCAGCAGCAGCAGCACCACCAGUAGUACCAGUAAUACUUCAACUACUUCAGUGUCGAGUAAACGUAAAAGCAGUUCGGAGAUCCCUCGUGAUGGGGCCGGAUUCGAUGGAUUGACUGUAGGACCUGAUGGAGGAUCGCCGCCGGCUGUUGUUGAGAAACGCCGAUCUGGAACUCGAGAAGCCGGAGAGUUGUUUAUGAUGGAUGGACUUUACCGCUUCAAAAGCUGCCCGGACAUUGUGGAUCAGAUGAAAAACGACCAAUACGAUGGCCAACUACCAAAGAGCAUCCAUUUGGAAUUGACAUUAAGUAAAAAUAGCGACACGAGUAGUAGCAACGGCAUCAGUCAGCACAGUGUAGUGCAAUUGAGAGUCGCCCGAUCACGCCGCGACAGUCAAACGCAGCGCUAUUCAUGUGGAGCACUAGACGGCAAUUUUUUGGUUGCCACCAAUAGUAAUUCCCGAGAUGCAUUAACUAACUGUUCACCCAAUUCAGCCUCGCCGUUAGGUUGUGGCUCUGAACAUAAUAGCAAUACCAGUCUGAACUGCUUUUCUGUUAUUGAAGUGUCAUAGAAUUGUGUUAUCUAAAUAAUUUUAUAGGGUCUGAUUUAUAUUAGUUUUACACCGCGGGGCUUGCAAUGUCACAUAAUUUCCCCUUAAAGCCCACCUAACAGGCUGAAACUGAUUGAUACUUUUACUUGAAUUUUUUGUCAACAAUGGGUCAAAGAUCCACAAUAUUGUUUGUGCAAUGGUCAUUACUAUUUGUGGUACCACAUUUUGUUCAUCACUGGAAUGGUGUUUCAAAAAUAUAAUUAUUCUUGUCACUUU